AUGGCUGGAAGCGAGGGGAUAAUUACCAAGUGGCCGAAGGCAGCAAAGACAGUCAUUAAUUGUUUGUCAGCAGAGGAGAGAGAGGAAGCAGAGGCCAUGGCAGAGAAGUGGAACAACGAAGCGGUGCUGCCAGAUAUUCAGGCCGAGGUCGCUGAGAGCAAGGGCGCCGACAUGAUCGAGCAUUUCGCGACUGAAAUAUUCAAGAAAGCCGGAAUGAGGGUCUGCAUCCUAUCCGCUUGGAAGGACAGCCAAGGCAAGCUUAUGUUGGGAGGUGACUGUAGCCACGACUUCAAUGAACAGUUCAGGGAUGGGGAGAGCUUUAUCAAGACAAGGGAUUGGGACGGCAUUAUCAUGCCUGAAUGGGUGGAAUAUGUGGGGGAGCAAUUUGAUGGCGAGGACGAUGGGGAACCCCAGAUAGUGAAAUCAAAGAAACAAGUCGCCAAGAAAUUAGUUGAACUUGAUGAAGAUGCUAAUGGGUGCCUGAUUCUGCCCGACACAACGGGUUGGAAAUGA